AUGCAGCAUGACGACAUGAAUUCUCAACUGGAUUUCAAUGCCGGGAAUAGGAUUCUCGGCCAAAUACAUCUGCUGUGCAAGGAGUUUCAGAACAAGGUAAAGGCCGCAAUAGAUUCAACCCGAGAAAAAGAGUAUGCACAGGCCAAGAAAGAGGUCGCGGCUGCGCAGAGGGAGAUAGACGAGAAGAGGACAAGAGAGCUGGCGAUGAUAGCGGAGAGUCAGGCCCGUCCUCUCACAACCCUGGAGAAGGUUCGCCUUCAAAACUUGCAAAGGAUGCAGGAGUUAGACAGGAAGGCCGAGAAUGAGUUUGUCAAUUCCUCGUUCUCUUCGUUGCUCGACCGCAGCGUCAACGCCGAACCAGUCGACAAGGUCGAUGAGGUAGUUGACGAUUUGGUCAGACCUUUCUGUGAAAAUCUUCUUCUUGAGAUCGACUCCAUCUACCAGUCGAAUCAAAUCCUCCUCAAUUCCCACACAAAGUCCCAGGAGACGAUAUCGCAGCAAGAGAAACGGAUCAAAGAGAUGGAGAAAGAGCUGACUGACCUCAAGCUGCAAGCCUCUUACGAUGAGCAACAUAUACGAAAGCUCAAGGAAAGCGUGUCCCAACGAAAUCAGAGCCUUACCAAGAUAAGAGAUGCCUACCAUAAAGAGGUGAUUGCUGUUAAGAUGAAUUAUCUAGAUAGCUUGAACGCUCGAACAAACGUGUCGCCCGAAGAGCUCGUGAACAUGAGCAACAGAAUGUUUGAGCUUGAGCUCCUCAAUCAGCCCAUGAAGGAUGCAGAAGGAAACGACCUGGAUGCUUUCCUCGAGAAAAUCAAUCAAAGGCUGACUGAAUCUGGAUCCGAGGAAAGAGAGAGGAGUAGCGUCGCAGAAAGGGAUUCUAAGGGAGGAGACGAGUAUGAGAUGCAGGUGAAGAUACUGAAGUUGGAGAAUGAGAACAUUCAGAUGAGACUCAGAUAUCUUUUGGCGCGAUACGCCUUGGAGACAUUUCGCUCCAACAUUCCAACUUUGUCUCAAUUGAAGAAAUGA